UGGUUCAAGGCUGUUGUGAAUAGCCUUGUACCAUGUGACCUCUGUGAUCAUUCACAGAUUUCACAAGUAUUAAGCAAUGAUAUCAGGAAGUGACAUCUUGUUUACUACUAUUCAUGUGAUCACUGAUUGGCCAAUCAGUGCUCACAUGAAUCGGGACUGUACACAGAGGUCUUUUACAGCAAUGGAUUUGGGGGGACACAGAGGUCCCAUACAGCGAUCGGUGCAGCACGCUCCCAUGGAGCGCGCACAUGAUAAAAAACAGCGGGCGCCAUUUAUGAACGGCAACCUGCUCCUGCACUUCCCCCAUCCGGCCGUUUAUAUACAAGGGCCGGACGGGAAGUGGUUAAGG